CCCGUAUGUAUUUAACUGUUCUUGUUACCUCCCUCACUUUGAUGCACGCACCAGAAGAUCCUCAGCCAUGGUACAGAAAUCAUUCCAAGCAUCCUUUCUACCUCCAUAAAAAAUUCAGUUUGAACUCAGCCACCGCGAGGCAGUCCCGCAAAUUUCGCAGUAUUGCAGCUUUCCCUUGGACUCGAGAAUCUCCAGCCGGUUUCUGGUAUGACGGAGAUACAUCUUUGAACCCAGAUGACUGGGAAAAGAUUGUGAACGAUUACUCCGACGCGGUCGUAGUUGGUGGCGACCCUAAUGAGGUGUAUAUUUUCUUCCUCCGUUCUGCGAAGCACCCGAUACGUAUCAAGCUCCCAGAACAAAAGGCCUGCGAUUAUGGCUUGCCUACUGACAAGAUAAACGUAGCAUGGACCUUGAAAACGGAUGAAUCUUUUCAGCCCAUCAUAGUGAUCACCAAUCGCUACUUGAUAUACAUUUACAGCAUCCGGGAGAACAAGAUAGUAUCUAUUCUUCGUGGUCACGGAAACCACAUCACCUCGAUCGUCGUCCACCCUUCGGUCCCGUACAUGUUUGCGACCACCUCCCGAGACUUUUCAACCAGAUUAUACGACCUAAAGCAAAAACCAAAACAGAGACCCAACAAUCCAGUCUGGCCGCCUCAAAACAAGCCCAGCCUUGCUGGAGGCGCACAUGGUCUGGAUGGAAAUGAUCCAGAGGGCUACUACCGUGACGAAGGUUGGGGAAGAUGUGUCAUGGUCCUCGCUGGUGGUCCGUCUGGUGGUCAUCAAGGGGAUGUUUUUGCAGCCGCAUUCCAUAAACACUAUCCAGUUAUCGCGACUUGCGGGAUGGACCGCGCCGUCAAAAUCUGGCACAUACCUUUUCCUUUCCUACCGGAUCAAAAACUAGUGCGAGAGGACAAGCCUUUGUUCAGCAGUACUACAAUUCACAAAGCUCGCGUGUUGUCAAUUGACUGGAUCUCGGAUGACAUCCUUUUGACGCACAGCGCUCCUGCGAUAAUGAGCAUCCCUGCCACUGACGACGAACAUCCCGAUAUCGAACCAGCCUACAUGGUCCUGUGGCGCUGGCUGGGUAAAGAUCGUUUCUUCCCAGUCGGAUGGAAUGAACAUCCCAGUCAACAAACAGCCUUGCGGGGUUGCGCCUCAGACUAUCAGGAAUCCGCAUCGUUCCAAAUAUUGGCUUCAAUUAAUCUGUCCCCGACACCGACCCAAUUUGACACGCCUUCCGCUUUCCAUGUUUUCAGGGAGGAGAACCAUGAUCCUUUACUUCUUUAUACGUAUCCGCAAUGGAAGAGGGUAACGAUAGUAAACAUUGCUGACUUCCCUCCACGUCGACCUCCCCCAUGCCGUUGGAUGACUGAUGAAGAGCUACUUGAAGCAGCAAGGAAGUUGAAUAUCUCCGAAGUUGACGAAGACGUGCCAAGCUGGCAAAUUGAGCUUACAGACCCCACCGACGCUUUUCAAACGUGUACAAUGUUCCCAGAAGGGGAUGCAAUAGUUGCGGCUGGAGGGUAUCAUGUUUGGGUCUGGAGAAAAUACCCUACAGACUGAAGGCGAUUCCUUUGAUAGAUCGAUCUUUGUGUUCCUUAUCUCUCUCCCAAACGGAAUUUAAAAUUUUGCAACCA